UAGGAGACAGACGUUUGGAGCCAAUCACCAAAGACAUCUUUCAAUGUAUCGAAACUAUAAAAGGCGGCAAUAUUCACUUGUGUUUUGACCGCUUUGAAGCGUAGGCAGUUAGGCGGCAUCCAUGACAUCCGCCAUGAAUGUCUCCCUUCUUCUGCUUCUGACUUUCGCUGUCUGUGGUCAAGCCGAUGGUUUUGCUACUAAGCCUUCGUGGCGAAGUGGGAUGGAGAACAGGUUGCAAGCCGAUGAUGGUUCAUUUCGCUUCGAAGAGACCACCAUUUCUGACAUCCAAGCCGCCUUCAAUGACGGCCGACUCACUUCCUCCCAGCUUGUUGAGUACUACCUAGACCAAAUAAGAACCCUCAACCCCUACCUCAAUGCUGUUAUUGAGGUCAAUCCAGAUGCACUCGAUGAUGCAGCCAAAGCCGACUUUCAGCGCAAUGCCUACAGCCAUCUCAGCCCUCUACACGGCAUCCCCGUUCUUGUCAAGGACAACAUAAACACCCACGACAAGCUCAACACCACCUCAGGAUCCUUUGCUCUUCUGGGCUCUGUCGUGCCCCGAGAUGCCGGUGUCAUUCAACGCCUCCGAAAUGCUGGUGCCAUAAUUCUAGGUAAAGCAAGCAUGAGCGAGUGGGACAAUUUUCGAGCACUAGAUGCGCCACAAGGGUGGAGUCCACGAGGGGGCCAAGGCCAAAAUCCUUACUCUAAGGCAAUAAAUCCAUGUGGAACCAGCAGCGGUUCUGCCAUAGCGGUGGCUGCAAAUCUAGUGACAGUUUCUCUUGCAACGGAUUUGGAUGGCGCUAUCACGUGCCCUGCAGUGGUAAACUCGGUGGUGGGCAUCAAGCCCACGGUUGGGCUAACAAGCCGAUCAGGGAUGGUUCCCAUCUCCCCGAGGCUACAAACCAUAGGGCCAAUGGCACGAACGGUGGCAGAUGCAGUGGCACUUUUGGAUGUCAUCAUGGGUUUCGAUCCGCUAGACGCCGAGGCGACAGAGGCUGCAGAGAAGUUUAUUCCGAAGGGCGGAUUCUAUAAGUCCUUAAAAGAGGACGGGCUGAAGGGUAAGAGAAUUGGGAUUUUGCGUCAUCCCUACGUUGACAUGUACCCGAUAGGAUCCAUGGAGGCUAAUACAUUUGCGGCAAAUCUUCAAACCAUGAGAUUAAAAGGUGCCAUCUUAGUGGACAAUCUUGAAAUGAAGAAUAGAGAAAUCAUGGAAAAUAUUACUUUAAAUGGUGAAAUCGUUUCACUAUUGGCUGAAUUCAAGCUGUCACUCAAUGCCUACCUCGAUGAUCUCGUGUCCUCCCCUGUACGAUCUCUUGCAGAUGUCAUAGCCUUUAACAACAACCACUCAAUUGAGGAAAAAAUAAAUGAAUAUGGACAAAUAGUCUUCUUGGUAUCACAAAAAACAAAUGGGAUAGGUUUAGCAGAGAAGGAGGGCAUAGAAACAAUGGCACAACUCUCUAAAGAAGGCAUGGAGGGUCUAAUGAAACAAAAAAGUUUAGAUGCUGUGUUGUUCCCUGAACAUUAUGCUUCAAAUGUAAUGUCUCUUGGAGCCUUUCCCAUUAUCAGUGUUCCAGCUGGAUACAAUAGCACCGGUGAACCUUUAGGUAUUUCUUGGUUUCUUUUGCUGGAUGGAUUGCAAGGUUCAGAUGCCAUAUUGAUUGAGAUAGCUUAUGCCUUUGAACAAGCUACCCAGGCCAGAAUUCCACCUCCAACACUAGUUUGAUUAUAAAAAUAAAUUGUAAGUUACGAACAAAAACGAGAAUAUUCAUAACAAUGCAUCAUGUUUCUAAACAAAUGAUAAAAUUAAUGGAUAUUUGAGUUAUUUCUUGUAUUCUGAGCCUAAAUA